CAUGUCUAAGCACUAGUAAUCUUCUCGCUUGACAGUUCGUUGACAAAGUCCAAUCCCUAUUUACUGUUGCCUACAGUAUACCGUGAAUUGUGAGUUGUACGCCUCCAGGUUCAAAGGCAGACGUCCGCAUCCCGCCACCUCCAUUCCACCCACACCGCUGCAAACAACCUACCAUACCUUGCACAAAGUGACACGACGUCGUGAAACCGUUUCAAGGCCCAUUGCAUCAGACCUUCGUAUUAGUACUCGAGAGUCAGUCAGGUAUAAGGACCAUCCUCCUUGCUCUAGACUUUCACCCAAUUUCAACCUCCAUCAACGCCUAGGAGUACCUGACUCAAGUCCAAAACCUACUAUCCAAAAUGGUUGACCGUCCCCAUAAGCCUUCGGCGAUCUCACCGAGUUCCCACGCGCCCCAGCCGACUGUUGACAUCGUUGAUAACGGCCGGGUGCGAGCGACCCUUCCAUCAGGAGAAUCGAUCGAGAUCCUCCUCCACGGCGCCACCGUGAUCUCGUGGAAGAGCAACGGCGUGGAAAACCUAUGGCUGAGCGAGAAGGCGAUCCUAGAUGGGUCCAAGCCGGUCCGUGGUGGGAUUCCGGUUGUGUUUCCUGUUUUCGGUCCUCCGCCUGCAAACCACGCCACCAGCGCCCUCCCUCAGCAUGGGUUUGCUCGCAGCUCCCGUUGGGAGUUCCUUGGGAGCUCCAAAUCCGAGUCCGAUACGCCCAAGUCGGCUGGAGAUGAUACUGUCAAGCUGGACUUUGGGCUAUACAGCAAUGGACUUGACGAGAAGUCAAAGUCGGCAUGGCCAUACGAGUUCGGGCUGGUCUACAGCGUCACUUUGUCGAAGGACUCGUUGAGGACCAUGAUCACCAUCCAGAACACCGGCGAUAAAGCGUUUGAGUUCACCACGCUGUUGCAUUCGUACUUCAAGAUCAAAGACGUCCACACCGCCCGCAUUGCCGGCCUCUCCGCCUCCCCUUAUGUCGACAAAGUCCUGAAAACCGACGCCACCCAAUCUGAGCCCUUCGUCUCCAUCCCCGGAACCACCGACCGCGUCUACUAUCCCCCGGGCGGCGCCUCCACGAUCCUCGCGAUCUGCGACGCAUCCGGCGCCUCAUCGAACCCAGCCGGCACGCCACGCUUCGAGAUCAGCCGGGACAACAUGCCGGAUGUGGUGGUGUGGAACCCAUGGAAGGAGGGCGCGGAGGCGAUGGGGGACUUUGCGCCGAAGGGGGACGACCCGAAGGGAUACCGAGGGAUGCUCUGCGUGGAGGCCGGGUCGGUCAAGGAGUGGGUGAAGUUGGAGGGUGGGGAGAGCUGGGAAGGGGGACAGGUGGUCAAGAGCUUGCUUUGAGACGAUGCAUGACAUGUAGGACACUACGAUGAGGUGGAACGAUGAUGGCAUCAUGAACAAGGCUCUGACAGAGGCGGAUUGAGCGGCUGGGGAUUUAGCCGCACUAUGGAAGGUGUUCAGACGGCAAAGGGUGAUCUGGAAACGACCGUAAGCCUAACUGGCCCAAGUACAUCCUCAAAUGAACUCCUUCCCCGCCAUUGCGAUGCAGUCAAGGCUCUUGCUUCGCCGGCACUUGAACUUUUCUUAUCCGUGACCCUGUUCCAUCAGCACAGGCUGUGGCUCGCCCAAUUGUACAUGCCGCAAUCAAACGGCUUUCGGUAGUCCGAAAUCGUAAGAAAGUCGCCAAUAUUGGUACGAACGGUCCGUGGUCUCGAUCCGGUCUCAAAUCGACCAGGUACACUCCCUCCAGCAC